GCAGUUUCUUUAAAAAUGGCCGCUUGUUUGCGUGAGUCAGGGACGUUAGCGAAAUUAAUAUGUUUUUUGCCUUAAUUCUUGUUGUAUAUCUCACGUUUUGAGUUGUUCUAAAUACGCAAGACGUUCUUAUGAGCUUGCCAAGCCGAGUCGGCCGCGUCAGGAAGUCCCGCGUUGAAAAAGACUCCGACGGAACACCCAUGAUUGGGAAAGAUGCUGGUCACUUGUGAGGUUACCAAGAACGCACUGCCUACUUUCAGUGCGCUUCCAAUCCACAAUGAAACUGCGGGCCCGUUGGAAACGACGGCGAAGUCCGCUACUCCUGCCAUGGCUGAUCGCCCUGUGGACGUUUGCGGCUCCGCUGGGGGUAAUAGGCAGCAUGCAUCGCUUUGAUCCUAUCUGCAACAUCACUCAUCCUGAGCAAACAGUACUCCUUCAAUACUCUACAUCAGUUGUGCGAAACGAGUACAUCGUCACGUUUAAGCACUACUACCGAACAAACGCGCGCGACCAGUUCAUCGCGGCAGCUCUCAAAGGAUCUGGAAUUGAAGCGUGGGAGCGCCUCCCACGUCAGAAUGCAGCGGCCGAUUUUCCCAGCGACUUCGAACUUGUUCGGUUGUUUGAAGGAAGUGCCGAAGAAGGUCUUGCAGCCCUCAGGGACCAUCCACUAGUAAAAUAUGUAACUCCUCAGCGGACAGUCACAAGAACGCUAAAGUUUCUUAAUGUUUCGGAAGAGCCUCUCUGUGAGGAUGUUUCUUGCUGGCACUCAUCGCGUCCCUUCUCCACUCGCAACAGCCUUUCAUGGGGUAGUGCCUUCUGGCAGUCCUCGGAACGCCACCAGCAGCGUAAGCUGUUGCGUACCAUCCCCAGGCAAAUCACAAAAGCACUUCAGGCCGACGUUCUCUGGAACCUUGGCAUUCGAGGUGCCAAUGUGAAGGUUGCCGUCUUUGACACGGGUCUGCCCAAGAAUCAUCCGCACUUCAAGAAGGUAAAAGAGCGUACCAACUGGACAAAUGAGAAGACUCUUGACGAUGGGCUGGGGCAUGGCACCUUUGUGGCUGGAGUCAUCGCUAGCAGCAGAGACUGCCUGGGGUUUGCUCCAGAGUCGGAGCUUCAUGUUUAUAGGGUUUUCACCAAAAACCAGAUGUCCUACACAUCAUGGUUUCUGGAUGCCUUCAAUUAUGCCAUUCUAAAAAAGAUCAAUGUGCUUAAUCUGAGUAUUGGAGGGCCUGACUUCAUGGAUCAUCCAUUUGUGGACAAGGUUUGGGAGUUAACUGCCAAUAACGUCAUCAUGAUUUCUGCCAUUGGAAAUGAUGGCCCUUUGUAUGGGACACUGAACAAUCCUGGUGACCAGAUGGAUGUCAUUGGUGUCGGUGGAAUCGACUUCGAGGAUCAAAUUGCUCGCUUUUCAUCACGAGGAAUGACCACUUGGGAGCUUCCAGGAGGCUAUGGAAGAUUGAAGCCUGAUAUUGUCACAUACGGCUCUUCAGUCCGUGGGUCGGCUGUUUCAGGCUCCUGUAGAUCACUCUCGGGAACAAGUGUUGCAUCGCCAGUGGUUGCUGGGGCCGUCACUUUGCUGAUGAGUGGUGCUCUGCAUUUGGGAGGAGCCCUGAAUCCAGCCAGCGUGAAGCAAGCCCUGAUGGCAUCGGCUGGGCGCCUUCGAGGGUUCCCAAUGUUCGAGCAGGGCUGGGGGAAACUCCAGCUUGUGGGAGCCUACAAGGCCCUGGCUAACUACAAGCCACAGGCUACGCUGAGCCCCAGUUACCUGGACCUGAGUGAAUGCCCCUACAUGUGGCCCUACUGCACACAGCCGCUCUACCACAGCUCCCUGCCGGUGAUCGCCAACAUCACCAUUCUCAACGGCAUGGGCGUGUCAGGACGCAUUGUCUCAAAGCCCGAAUGGCAUCCCUACCUUCCUGAAAAUGGACAUUUCUUGGAUCUGGCAUUUGGGUUCCCUGAAGUCCUCUGGCCCUGGUCUGGAUUCCUGUCAAUCCACUUCUCGGUGAGAGCCGAGGCCGCCCAGUGGGAGGGCGUGGCCCAGGGACACGUGUCCCUCACUGUGGAAUCGCCCCCAGGGGAAAACGAGAUAGAACCUCGAAGGUCCCAUCUGAAGUUACCAAUUAAGGCAAAGAUCAUCCCGACACCACCUCGCAGCAAACGUAUCCUGUGGGAUCAGUACCAUAACCUUCGCUACCCUCCGGGCUACUUUCCAAGGGAUAAUUUGAAGAUGACGACCGAUCCCCUGGACUGGAGCGGGGACCACAUUCACACAAACUUCAAGGACAUGUACCAACACUUGCGGAACCAUGGCUACUAUAUAGAAGUCCUCGGGUUCCCAUUUACCUGUUUUAAUGCCCAAAACUAUGGAACACUGCUGCUGGUUGAUGCUGAAGAGGAAUACUUUCCUGAGGAACUCUCCAAGUUGCGUCGUGAUGUCGAGUCUGGCCUGUCAUUGAUUGUGUUUGCCGACUGGUACAAUGUCUCUGUGAUGCGCAAAAUCAAGUUCUAUGAUGAAAACACACAUCAGUGGUGGAUGCCCGAUACGGGAGGUGCCAAUGUGCCUGCCCUCAACGACUUGCUUUCUUCAUGGAACAUUGGCCUUGGGGACAAUGUCUACGAGGGUGAAUUUACCCUUGGUGACCACGGAAUGUACUAUGCCUCCGGAAGCAGCAUAAUGCGGUUUCCAGAAAAUGGGCUGCUCGUUCGGAAGGCACUCAAUAAUCAAGGUCAGAAGCCUGCAAUUUAUUGCUAUCCUUUGCUCUUGUUCAAUGUGACCUUGGGACAAAACUUAUGCAAGUCCUGGUGCUCAGGUCUGGAAGUACUCAACGACAAGGUGGAACGUGUUGAAGGAGUGGCCAUCCUGGGAUUGCUCCAGACCGGAAAUUCAAAAUCUUCUGGACGAAUCGCCGUUUAUGGAGACUCCAACUGCAUUGACACUGCUCACAUGCAGAAAGAAUGCUACUGGCUGCUCCAUGCCUUGGUGCAGUAUUCGACAACAGGACUGAUAGCGCCUUUCUUCGAAAGCUCCAGCUCGCUACCAGCUUCCAAUGGGUCUCUUCUGCCAAAACGCAUGGAAGGAAAUCGACUGCACCGUUACUCAAAGGUCCUCCAGAACAGGCCCGGAGUACCGGAGCUGCGAGCAUUACCUCCCUGCCCGGCUCUCAAUUGGGCAGUGCCGCUGCCCCUCAACCAGUCUGCACCCAGCAGCACCCUGUGGAAGUCGCAGAAACUGCUGUCCAUUGAGCAGCUCCCCCUGGGUGUGGGAGGGGGCGGCAUCCCUGACACGGCGGACGACCUGCCCAUGCCAUCCCUGAAGCAGCGCUGGGGCGGCUGGGCUCUGCCGCACGACCAAGACGAUGCCGACGCUGGCAGCCAGGAAGCAGUCUCUUUGGAAGAGGUUGACAUGAACGAUGCCCUGUUGGGGGCAGAAGACUCCCAGGACUGUGAAGGUACAAAAGACACUCUUUCAUACUGUCAACCAGAACACAGCAGCUUUCGAAGGAUUCCGGAUCAGCAAAACCACCAAGACCCAGCCGAUGAAGACUCUGUUCAUCAUGUCCACGUCGAAGUUCAUGUCAGUGUUGAUUUGCGUCAUCCACGGGAUGAACUGUGACCGUACAAUGCAAUUUUAUUUAUCACUAUUGUAGGACAUAAUGUUGAGUUUGUACUUUUCCUUCGAGUGGAAGUGCACUGGUUGGGAAAUAAACUUUUUAUUGCUUUCUUA